AUGCAGCGACGGAGCGCGCUCGGGCGACACCUCGCGUCUCUCGUGCGUGGUUUCUGCGCGCUGCCGUCGGCGUCCAAGGAGGAAGAGCGGUAUUUCUCACUCCUCGUCAUCAACCGCGCGGGCGUCCUCGGCCAAGUGGCGACGGCGUUCGCCCGGCACGACGCCAACAUCACGUCGCUCACGGCGCGGCCGACGCACGUGCCCGAGCUCUCGCGCAUGAACAUCUCGGCGAUUCUAUCGGCGCACAAGGCCAACCGUAUUCUGCGCAACCUCCAGUGCAUGGUCUCAGUGCCCUUCUUCCACGUCACGACCGCGCAGCAGCUGCUGCUCGACGACGCCUGCCUCGUGCAGAGCCAAGCACUCUUCCGCUUAGCGAUGCCCGAGGCAGCGCUAUCGCCCGUGCACAAGCUCAUUGAAGCCUACAACGGCUCAAUCAUCAUGAAGAACGAGCCGUCGCUAUUGACGCCAUUGACGACCGCGCCGAGCGCUAGAGACGCGCACAACACACUCGUGCACGUUGUAAACGCGCCGCACCUUCUCAACUCGUUCCUGCACGAACUCCAAGUGCUGGGCGCGACCGUCCUUGAGUGCCAAACGAGCGGCCCGUGCUUUCUCGACAUCUACACACAGUCAACCCUGGUCGCCAAGCCGGUGGUCGAUCACCCCCUCGAGCCGAAUGACACUGCGUCGUCGUCGUCGUCGGCGGGGCCAAAUACGUACUCGAAGGAGCGGCAGCGCCUCCACGCACGGAUUGCAGCCCAGCUGUACUUCCACCCCAACUUGCCGUCCAAGCUCGCGAGUCCCAAGUUCAUCUUGCUCUUGGGCAUUCCAGGCUCCGGGAAAACGUCGAUUCUCUCGGAGCUCGACCAAACGGGCCGCAUCGUCCUCAACGACUUUGUCAAUUUUGACGUGGACGAUAUUACGGCGCUUUUACCGGAAUUUUACCAAGCCAUGCUCAACAUUGGUCUCGGAAACUUUGCCGAGGCGCCGCCACCCGGCCUCUCGAUGGACCCACACGUCCGGUACAGCCACUGCCAAGAGGAAGCCAAGUACAUUUUGAACGCCAACCUCGCGCACGCGAUGCACGAGCGCAUGAACAUCAUCCUGCACGGCUCCGGGAGGUCCCUCGACAAGUAUCGGAGCUUGCUCGACAGCCUCGACCCGAGCUACGAGAUCCAUGUCAUGUGCGUUGACGUGCCGAUCGAGAUGGCGCUCGAUCGCGUCGAGGCGCGAAGCCGCGGCUACGGACGGAACGUUCCCCGCGAGAUCGUCGAAGGCGCCGCGACGCAGAUUUUACCGCAUUUCCGAACGCUCGCCGAAGCCGUGCCCAACGCCCACGUCUUUGACUCGUCGACGUGGCCGCCGGCGCUCAUUUGGUCCAAGCAAGGCCACGAGAUCGUCUACCACUCCAAGGCCCACCCGAUUCAGGACAAAUACGGCUUGUGAUCACGCACCCCUCAUAGUGUAAACGUCGUCCAGCUCCUCCCUUUUCCAACAAAAAGGAUAUUAAAUCAC